AUGGGCCUGGGAGUAAAAAGCAGAUCAGGCAAGAAUGGGCAGGAUCCAGCAGGAGGGCAGGAUCCAGCAGGAGGGCAGGUAAGAGGUGCAGGAGCUGGUGCAGUGGAGGCAGGGGCAGGGGUGGAGGGAGGAGCAGAGGUGGAGGGAGGGGCAGAGGUGGAGGGAGGGGCAGAGGUGGAGGGAGGGGCAGAGGUGGAGGGAGGGGCAGAGGUGGAGGGAGGGGCAGAGGUGGAGGGAGGGGCAGAGGCAGGAGAGGGAGAUGGGGCUGGAGAUGGUGCGGUGGUGGGGAACGCGGCAGGACUAGGAGCCUGCUUCAUAGUGCGCGGGGAAGUGGGAGCAGAGGAGAGCCAGAGUGCUGCGGAUCAAGGGGCUGGAAACGACACAGGUGCUGACAAGCAAGGUGCUGACAAGCAAGGUGCUGACAAGCAAGGUGCUGACAAGCAAGGUGCUGACAAGCAAGGUGCUGACAAGCAAGGUGCUGACAAGCAAGGUGCUGACAAGCAAGGUGCUGACAAGCAAGGUGCUGACAAGCAAGGUGCUGACAAGCAAGGUGCUGACAAGCAAGGUGAAGACAAGCAAGGUGCUGACAAGCAAGGUGCUGACAAGCAAGGUGCUGACAAGCAAGGUGCUGACAAGCAAGGUGCUGACAAGCAAGGUGCUGACAAGCAAGGUGCUGACAAGCAAGGUGCUGACAAGCAAGGUGCUGACAAGCAAGGUGCUGACAAGCAAGGUGCUGACAAGCAAGGUGCUGACAAGCAAGGUGCAGACAUUGACUGGGUGGGUGGGCGUGUGUGGCCAUUGACUGGCUCGUACCAUAGGCUUUCACUCACCGCCCUCGCACCACCGCCCUCUCACCGCCCUCUCACCAUGGGCGCUUAUUGGUCCGCACACCCUCUCUCUCUCACCACAAGGUGCAUGUAA